GAAUUGUAGGGAGUUGCACAGCCGGAAGAGAAGCAAGAGUGGAAAGUCAGGAGAUAUUACCAAAAUAUAGAUAAACGUUUGACUAAUUCUCUUCCUGAUGUCCGCGACACUAAAGCCAUACCUAAAUGCCGUUAGGUCGACCCUAACGGCCGCCAUGUGUUUGCAAAGUUUCAAUUCGCAAGUCGUAGAGAGGCACAACAAACCCGAAGUCGAAGUGCGAAGCAGUAAAGAGUUGUUAACGACACCGUUGGUUGUGAGCCGAAACGAGAAAGAAAAGGUCCUUAUCGAGGGAUCGAUUAACUCGAUUCGUGUAAGCAUUGCCGUGAAGCAAGCUGAUGAAAUUGAGAAGAUCUUAUGCAAGAAAUUCAUGCGAUUCAUGAUGCAACGUGCAGAGCAUUUCUUCAUUUUGCGACGGAAGCCAGUUGAGGGUUACGACAUUAGCUUUCUUAUAACCAAUUUCCACACGGAGCAAAUGUACAAGCACAAGCUCGUCGACUUCGUUAUCCAAUUCAUGGAAGACAUCGACAAGGAAAUUAGCGAAAUGAAACUUGCAGUGAACUCAAGGGCGCGUAUAUGUGCCGAGGAAUUUUUGAAAAACUUCUAAAUUUUGUGAACAUGACCGAAAUUUUUCGAUGCAGACGCAGUUUUGUAGAUUAUAUUUGCUGAAGAACAAUAUAUUUUGUAAAACAAUUACUUUGUCGCAAACAAUGUAAUUAUCAUGUUAUUAAUUAAUUCACGUGUAUUAAAGAAAGGUUAAUAUUUUCAUUUUCAACUUCAA